AUGAAAUUAUUUUAUUCAGUAAAAGAGGGUCUGUCCAGUACUCUGACAUGCCUGGCAUGCAAUGCAUUGGUGGACAUCAUAUUUAACAGAUGGCUUUCCGCCGAUUUAUUAUCAGUGGCUUUCAUUAACAUCUGUUCUGGACUAAGAUUGACCACAUAUGAAGUCUGUGAGGGAUAUAUCAGUUUAUUUAAGAGUCAAGUAGAUUAUAUAAGAGGUAACACCAAUUUGGAUACAACUGAAAUAUGUGGUCUACUAAUGGGUGAUCAGUGUUAUAGCGGUACAUCCAAUAACUUGUAUUGGAAACUAGAUAUACCACAAAAUCGUCAAUCAGAUUAUGAUACAACUUCAAGAAAACGUGUCGUCAAAAAUAAAAAAAAUUACAAAAUAUUGCAUUUAACUGAUAUACACCUGGAUUUAGAGUAUAUACCAUUCAAGGGAAGCCAUUGCGGAACACCCUAUUGCUGUCGGAAAUCCACAUAUAAUGGUGUUUCUGUGCCCAACGCAAGUGUAAACUAUUGGGGUUCAUAUCCAUGCGAUACACCCCUGCAAACACUAGACAAUACAUUCAGACAUAUUGAUUGGUCAUCCAUUGACUGGACCUAUUGGACGGGAGACGUAACACCACACGACACGUGGCGCGACUCUAAACAAAUAUCACUGAAAACAACCGAAAUCAUUGUCGGUUACUUCAAGGCGUUCAGCAAAAACAAAUUGGUUGUGCCGGCCAUCGGAAAUCAUGUAACCAUUCCUGUAGGCAGUUUUCCUCCGCCAACUCUACAAAAUAAUUUGUCGAUUUCAUGGCUUUAUGACAAUCUGGUUAAUCAUUGGUCUCAAUGGUUGCCAAAGGAAUCUCUGCAAACGUUUCAAUACGCCGGAUAUUAUUCAUUAAAACUAAGACCGGGAUUUAAGAUAAUAGUUGUCAACACUAAUUAUUGCGCCCGACUUAACAUAUGGACAUAUUAUCGAUCGAUAGAUCCGGCAGAUCAACUAAAAUGGUUGAUAUAUGAGUUGGAAUUGGCUGAAAAAGCUGACGAAUCGGUUCAUAUUGUCGGACAUAUACCGACCGACAAUCGUGAGUGCACUCAGUCCUGGCUUUACAACUAUAUGGCAAUAGUCGAGAGAUUUAGCGAUACAAUUGUCGGCCAAUUUUUUGGUCACACACAUUACGAUGAGUUUCGGAUACUAUAUUCAGUUAAUAAUUAUUCAAAACCAAUUGGAUUAGAGAUAAUCAGUCCGAGUUUGACCACUUAUGCCGAGUCUAAUCCGGCCUAUAGGAUCAUCAGCUGCAAAAGCAAUGGUCAGAUCACAGAUAUGGAGACGUAUGCGUUUGAUUUGAUUGACGCCAAUGAAGACAACCGGUCGACACCAAACUGGUAUUACGAGUAUUCAAUGGCUAAGUCGUACUCAUUGUCGGCAUUCAAUGCCCAAGAGUUUGAUGAUCUGAUCCGUACCGUUGCCACUGACAACAACUACUUGCAAAUGUAUCACUCGCACAGUCACCGGUACAGUACGUUUGCAGCCAACAGUUGCGAUGACGGGUGUCGACAGAGGAUAAUGUCGGAAACAAUGAUCGGUAAUCCAUAUAAUCAAAAGUUAAAACCGAUUCUUGAAACUGUUGUCCAAAAUCAAAGAAUAAUCUAUAAUUUUACAAAAUAUUUACCGGAAUCUUGAUAUCU